AUCGAAGCAUUCGAAAUGGGUAGAACAAAAAUAAACGUAGUUUUAUUAAUGAUCCUCAAACUAUUCUUGGUGGGCACAACAACAGGAGAAGAGACGAACGAGAACGACCGACAUAUAAAAGAACUGAGCAGCAGUCAUACCUAUAAAAAUGUGAACCAUUUGCAUUUGAACUUUUUGCGAGGUCGUAGUGAGUUAGACCAAAGUGAAAUUAAGGAAAAGCAUAUAAGUGAAAUAAAUGCUGAUCUUAUGAAGAAGUAUCAUGAAAUUGUAGGAAUUCAUGAAAAGCUCAUGAAGGAGGCAUUUCAAUUAGAUGAGUAUAAAAACGAAAUAAUAAGAAAAGAAAACGAUUUGCAAUUGUGUCAAAGUAAAGUUGAUAAAUUAGAAUCUGAGAUUAAUUCACAACAAACAACUAUAAACCAAUUAACACUUAAUGCAAAUUUUCUUGCGAGUUAUGAUGAGUGUAAAAAAGAAUUAUCAGAUAAAUCUAACAAAUUAGAAAUAUGUGAAGUUCAAUUAAAAAAACUGAAUUCUAGUGUUAUUGAAAAAGAUGAGAAAAUUUCUGAAUACUCUCCAACAAUUCAAAACAUCACAGAACAUCAGAAAACAAUUAAUUUGAAAUUAGAAGAAACGCCACCCAUGCUAGUUACGAGCGAUUUUCGAGAAGCAAUUGCUAACUUAAGAAGUAUAUAUCAUAAUAAUAAUAAUCCUUCAAGUUGUCUCCCUUUCGGAGAACAUCCUGGUGUGCAUGAAAUUAAAGUUUCUGGUGUUGGUUUCUUCGAGGUUCUAUGCGAUAGUCAGUUAGCUGGGCCUGGUUGGAUAGUAAUACAGCAGCGAAUUGGUGGAAAAGAAAAUUUUACCAGGGAUUGGGCCACAUAUAGAAAAGGUUUCGGUUCAUUGGAUAGUGACUUUUUCGUAGGAUUAGAAAAGAUGUAUCGACUAACGAGCUUACAGCAAUACGAACUCUACAUACAUUUGGUUGCUUUAAAUGGCAGCAUCUUCUACGCUCGAUAUGAUGAUUUCAAAAUAUCUGAUGAAGACCAUGGAUACGCACUAAGUUUGGGUAAAUUCAGGGGAAAUAUUGAGAAUGCGAUGAGAGAGAGCGAAAACAGGAAAUUCAGAACGUUCGAUGAGGGUUAUCAACAUUAUUCUGGGAAUUGUGCAGUUUGGCAUGGAAGUGGCUGGUGGUACAACGAUUGUUUUAAAGGUCACUUAAAUGGAUUAUACGGCAGGGAUCUAGAAUGGUAUACUGAAACUGGAACAAUAAAUAAACUCAAAGAAGUUAAGAUGCUUAUUCGUCCCAAAGAAGAAAAAAAUAAGAAAAUUCGAAAUCAGAAUCCUUUUUUAUACGAUUGAAAUCUGUUAAAAAUAUUAAUGUACGCAUAUGAUAUUGAUAAGUAUCGAUAACUAAACUUAGCAGUGCAUUAACAUUAACAUCUGCACAUUUAAUAUAUAUUUAAACUUGAA